AUGAAGCUCUUCGCUAUCGCCUCUACGCUUCUUUCCGGCGCUGGCCUUGUCGCCGGAUGCGAGAUGCCUUCUUCCACCAACUGCGGCGGAAAGGUCUACGAGUACUCAGACAUCCAGACCGCUGUUCAGGCUGGUCUUCGGGACGCUACCAGUGGAGACCGUCCAGACAACUACCCGCAUUCUUAUUAUGACGAAGCAUCAGAGGGGAUCGAAUUGUGCUGUGGAUCUGGUCCAUGGAGCGAGUUGCCUUUGGUCUAUAAGGGUCCCUACUACUGGAGCGAGGAGAACUACGUUUCGCCUGGUGCUGACAGGGUUAUCUACCAGACCAACAGCGGCGAGUACUGUGCCACUGUUACUCACACUGGAGCUGCCAGCUACAACGGCUUCACUCAGUGCCACGACUGCAACUAA